AUGAGUUUUGUUCCUUGUUUGCUCCCCGACUCUAGCCACGAUGCGGCGUAUGCUGAAAUUGAUCGUCGAUGGCGAUCCUUGUGCCACAUUCGACUAAGUCAAACUGUGGAGAUGAAGGCUCGAAAGUUCAGAGAGUCCGAACCGCCGCGCCUGUCCGCCUGUCUGGUUCGCACGGCACCUGCCGCCACCUUUGAAACACGGUCACGACCCUCUUCACCUUUGCGCCUGGCCUCACAAUAUCGGCCCAAUGCUUACAUAUGUAGCAUCUUGCUGGUCGACGACCUGACGCGCAAACUGCCAAAUAGUUCAAGAUUGUCCAUGUACGUGGUGCUCCUGGCUCUAAGUUUCUCCCGAAUUGCGCUAACAAUCCCCGCUUAUGUACAACAGUGUCCUGCUCUCUCGCAAGCGUACAAGUCAUAUACAACCUUGCGCCACGAAAUUACCUUGUCGAAAUCAUGGCUCUCCAUCUCGCCAUAUCACUCGGCGCUCACGGUUGGCGCAUCGGGCACUGGGGUCCCUGACCCUUCGGGGUUGGUCAAUUUGCCAGGCGCGUAUAGCGACAACGACCCUGGCAUCUUUUAUUCCCAGAUGUUCGAUGCCAGUGCACCAAAGGACACCUUCCCCGGUCCUCCCGUCGCUGCAUUCGUGAACGGUGGCACUUCCACUCCUGGUAACGCAACCACGACCGUGUCUUCUACGGCAACGGCAACCCAGACCAGUGGUGCUGCUGGGACGUCAACAACCUCCAAGGGGAAGAUGUGCACGCUCAAGAAGGGCAAGUCCGCCUCUUCGUUGGUUGUUCCAUCAGCCUCCGCAGCGGCAGCCAGCGCCACCACCACCGACAUGUACCCCCGACACUUCAGCAGACUUGCGCUUGGCCACAGUAUCUAA